AACUACGACAAUGCCUAUUCUUACUGCUCCUUCCCUAGCAGAUCUCAGACCAUCAAGAAAACUUCAAAUAAUUCGAGUUCUAAAUAUAAUCACGAUUAUACUAGCUUUCUCUGCCCAUGUAUAUAUUGCGGCAUACUCGGCAGAACACCCUAGCAACCAAGGUUAUAGUUAUUUGACCCUUUCAACAAAUUUUGUAGUUGUUUUUUGGCUCGUUCUAUACAUUUUUCAAUUUGGCUAUGUUUUUUACGUUCAAUUUUGUCAUAAUACUCGUUUCGUACACAAUAUUGUUGAAAACGUGAUUGGUCACUUGUUUGUUAAUAACAACUUGAUAAUGAUUGCGUGGAUGCUCUUUUGGGCUACCGGUUAUAUUAUCUAUUCGAAAAUCUUUAUUAUUUUGCUUUUAAUCUCUACGUCAAUGAUUCAUCAUCGGUUAAUGCUCAAUUAUACGCCAAAUAAUGACCUUACACCAAAACAUGUUACUUUGUUCACUCAUGUUCCGUUUUCGAUGCUUUCGGCAUACUCUUGGUUUAUUCUAUUUCAAAAAGGAUCCGUCGAUUUUAUUUAUCAAACUGAGUGGACCGCCGUUGUAUUAGUUUGGAUUAUGGCUUUAAUCGGUUUUGCUUGGUGCUUUAACGGAAUAUUCAGCUAUGGAAGGCGAGAUCUAAUAUUUAGUGCUACUAUCGCUUGUUUACUCCUAGGAAUUGGGGUUGAACAUGUUGAUCAUUAUGAGAAAAGACACUCCACUGCUUGCAUUGUUUUAUCAGCAACACAGAUUGCAAUGAUCUGUUUCAACUUAGUUAAAAAUUUGGAAAUAUUUGGAG